UCAACCUGAAGCUGACCGGUACUUGUAGUGUGACGAACGAAAGCUCUCCAAUUUCAACGGUACUGGUGGCAGCUGAUCUCUAAAAAGACGCAAAUCAGGUCUCAAAAUGAAGACGCUAAAAUAUGUACUGCUUCUAUAUUGUGCGUCUUUGAGGUUUUCUUACGGUAUCUCUGUGGAUUAUCUGUCGGAAAAAUUCAAUUUCGAAGAAAAUGAAAAGGUUCAACUUUUAAGCGCUUCGUCCAACCUACGAAACCAACUUUUUAGUCAGAACGGUGGAUAUAAGGCUUCGGAUGAACCUCUAACAAGAGUUGGAUUACGGUUUGAAGUAACCAGAUUAGAAAGGUUUGACGAAAUCAACGGAGAGUUGAAACUUCUUUCUUCCAUUUUCAUGUUAUGGAGCGACAAGCGCUUGAAGUGGGAUACCGAUACCAUAGCAAUACUACAAGAAAAGUCGGUCAUUAAUUACACCAUCUCAUACUUAUCAUUGAAACUAGGAGAAAUCUGGAGACCAGAUAUACGGUUGUUUAACCCACUAGGUGAAAUGGAUAUCUUUAAGGAAAAAGGAAAUGAAGCUGCGGUUCUUGGUUACAUUGGCGUUCUCUAUUAUGAUGGCUUGGUGAAAACAGACACAUAUUGUCAGCCAAAUCUGGAGAACUUUCCGUUCGAUGAACAUGAAUGCUCCGUUCAGUUCGUGUUCACUUCGACGGUAAUAGCCAACAUGCCGGAAAAGACUCAAGUGUUCUACGAUAACGCGAAAUGGAUUUAUUUUCCUAUGCAGCCAUGUGAUCUGGACCUUGCGCCUAGUCGCUAUGGCCAGGAACACAAUAACGAACGCCGAGUCCUCGUCUUUCCAGUUAAGUUGAUUCGCAGACCGGCCUACCUAUUCCUGAACAUUGCUGUUCCUUUAUUUGUGCUCAGUCUGCUAAACACCGUUGUUUAUUUCAUUCCGGCGGUACCCGAGGAUCGAUUGUCGUUUUGCGUUGCUCUUCUUCUGUCUUUCACGGUUUAUCUCAUCUACGUGGCGGGGUUAAUCCCAGAAACGUCAAACCCGGUUCCGCUUAUCAUAUAUUUCCUGGUUUUUCAGUUUCUUCUGAGUGCCUUCAUCACAUGUUCAAGCUUUCUGACGGCGAUGCUGAAUCAGCGGGAAGAAACAAGACCGAUUCCAUUCCUUAUCAAACGAAUCGUAACUUUUUUCUUCAACCCAUGUUCUCGUAAAAUUGCCAACAAUUACAAAAGAAAUGUCGCACAAAACAACAAAUUAGACGAGUCGUCGGUCGAGGAUCGACGCAUGUCUAAAGAUGACGCCAUCAAAAGUUCGAACGCGAUUUCGAUGGAAGUGACGUGGAAACGGGUUGCUCUCUUAAUAGAGAGGUUUUGCAUGAUCGUGACAUUUAUUGUUCUUGUUUUAGAGAUUCUCCUGUUUGCUUACCUUGCCUCCAAGUUGUCUGCUAACGUAGAACCCACUCUCCAGUCGAACAUUUGUCGAACCAAUCCACUGAACUCCACAAAAGUCUGUUUUGAUGAUGUCUCCGGAUUGUGUAUAGGUCCUUCCCAAAUACCCAAAUGAGGAUUUCAGAGUAAAUGCCGAAGAGUGAAAAAGUUUGCAUUACAACAUGAACCUCAUACAGAAUUAAGUAUCUUGUAAUUUAAGGUGGUAUGGGACCCCUUACGAAAUUAAUGGACCCGGGAUAAGUGAAAACUAUUUUAAAACCAAAACAAAAUCACUGUUCUAAAAUUUUCAAACUGUUCAAUAUAUGACCAAUACUCAGUCUUAUAAGGGUAAAAAUUCCAACAAGCCUUCGUGAUUUGCAAAUCAGUACCUGACGCUUUGAUCUAGCUAGUGCACUACCAGGUAAAACUGAGAUUGUGGAAAAAUCAUGAAAAAAUACCUGUGAGACUACAUGUAUAGUUAAUGUUACAGCAUUUGGAAAAUAAAGAUACAUGUGUACGUAAAUAUGCCCCAUACCUCCUAAAAAAGCAUCCUUCUUGAUUAAGACAUUAUAAGACUAUUUAGGGAAUAAGAAAUCAUUCUUUAGUAUUAUGAGGUGAUAAUUUUGGUCGGGGCGUAGUCUAAUCCAUGGGCUUUAUGAUAGAUUUGCCCACGCUCCGCCCGAAAUUAUCACCACAUAAUAUUCAAAGAAUGAUUCCUCAUUACUUAUAUUCACAUUAUUUCCAAUUUCUAAACUUUUUUAAAACAACGAUUUUUUUCAUGUAGCACAUGCUAUGUAUUACUACGUUGUCGUUUAUGCUGGAACUCACGCCCAUUUUGUGCCGUUCAUCUUUUAUGAAACCAUUGGGUUGUAGGCUUCAAAUUUAUUCCUAAUGUUAUCACAGACAAAGACAGUUGAAAAUGUAAAUGUAUGAAUAUACAAAUGCUUCUCUGUAUUUGUUUUAUCUGUUUAUUUUAUUAUUUCCAUUUGAAUUUGUUUUAGAUUCAAUGUUAUGCCUUAUAUUACUAUUCUUUUCACAUCAUUGUAAUUUGCUUUUUUGCUUUAAAGUGAAUGAAUAAAGACGUGAUAUAAUUUUUGGUUUUAAAUCAAAUAAACAAUUUAGAUUAUUAUGCAGAAAUUGUAAAAAUGGUAUCGAAAGAAAACAUUCUACACACUGUAAAUAAAAAUCAAAAUAGAAAGAUAUUCAAAGGAUUUUUUGUAUUUGUUCAACACUUAACAUCGUGAAUAGACACUAUAUAAUAUCGCCAACCAUA